AUAAAUGGGAAAUAACUAAAAAAAAAGGAAGUAAUAGAAUAACACUUUAAAUAUUCUAUAAGAUUUAAUGAAAUCUAAUUUGAUAGCUCAAACUCAUAUUGACUUAUAGUUAAAAAAUUGCACUCUUAGUGAUAAAUAAGUUGCUUAGCUUAACAAUUGUUUAGUAUAAUGUUAAAAAUUAGAAUCUUUAGUAUUAAAUCUUAAUAAGGAAAAUAUUUCAGAUGAUUAGAUAAAUUAAUUAUUGAAUAAAUAUUGCCGCAUAAAGAACUUUGUUGAAAUUAGUAACAAUGUGAGCAAUGAUUAAAUAUACUCCUAAAUUUUGUUUUUCCUAAAUUUUUUUUACAAAAAAAAAAAUCAUGACUGUCAAGAACUUAGAUUAAAAGAUAUUGAAGCUUAAGGAAAUAUUCUAUUAGAAGAAACUAUGAGCAAUCUAAUUAAUCUAAACAGUUUAUAGCUAAAUUUAGACGGAAAUUAAUUAGGAGAUGGAGGUGCAGUUUGGAUUUGUAAAAUAUUACGUAGAUGCAAAACGCUUAACAACUUAAAUCUACAGCUUUGGAAAAAUAAAUUAGGUGACAGAGGGAUAUCUAUUAUUGCAGAAGGUAUUAGUAGUUGUGCUAAACUCACAACUUUAACUUUAAAUGCAGUUGCAAAUUUAUUUGGAAAAGAAGGUGCAUUUUCUAUAAGUAAGACAUUAAGUAGUUGUAAAAUGUUGACUCAUCUAGAUAUUAAUCUCUCUAACAACUAAAUUGGAGAAGAAGGAGCAUCAGCUAUUUGUACAGUAAUAGGUAGCUGUUAAUUACUUGAGAAUUUAAAAUUUGUGCUAUGUAAUAAUUAAAUUGGUGAUGGAGGAGCAUUUAGUUUUGGAACAGCAUUAAGUAACUUAUAGUUACUUAUUAAUUUAAAAUUUUGUCUUAGGCAAAAUAAAAUUUCUGAUAAAGGAGCUUUAAAUGUUGGGUUAGGUUUAAGUUAAUGUAAUCAGCUUAAGAAUUUAGAGAUAGGAAUGGAUGGAAAUUAAAUUGGAAAUGAUGGAGCAUAAAAUAUUGGAUUAGGUUUGAGCAAGUGCACCCAACUUACAAAUUUAGUAUUUAGCAUAGCCAAAAAUUAAAUUGGGGAUGAUGGAGCUUCUACUAUUGGUACAGCACUUGGUAACUGCAAAUUCCUAACUAAUCUCUCAUUUUACAUUUGGGGCAAUCAGAUUGGUCAUAUAGGAGCAUAAAAUAUUGGAUUAGGUUUGAGUAAGUGCACUCAACUUACAAAUUUAGUAUUUAGCAUAAGCUAGAAUUACAUUAGGAAUGAUCGAUAUUCUACUAUUCGUACAGCGUUUGGUAACAGCAUAUGGAUACCUUAACCAUCUCUAUUUAUGUGCAAUUAUAUCGGUGAUAAAGGAGCAUAAAAUAUUGGAUUAGGUUUGAGUAAGUGCACUCAAAUUACAAAUUUACAAUUUUACAUAAGCUAUAAUUAAAUCGGAAAUGAUGGAGCUUCUACUAUUGGUACAGCACUUGGUAACUGCAAAUUCCUAACUAAUCUCACAUUUGACAUUUAUGGCAAUCGUAUCAGUGAUAAAGGAGCAUAACAUAUUGGAUUAGUCUUGAGUAACUACACUUAACUUACAAAUUUAGCUUUUAGAUCAGAUAAUGACAAGAAGUUUCUAAAAUCCAGAGAAAUUAUCAACUGUAAAAAUAUAAAGUUAUUGAAUCUAUUUUUAUAUGAAUUGCCUGAAUAAAGAAAUGUAGAAAUAAAAAGAUUAGCUCAAAAAAUAAAAAGAUUAGUAAAAUUAAAAAUAGAUUGAAU